GAAUUAAAAGACCCAACCCUAUUUAUUAUUCUUUUGAUUAUUUUUUAAAAAGAGAGCAAGACUAUGGGAAGUGUACAGUUGAAUGGUUCAGGCUUAGUAGCUUCUCUAUCUCAAAAUCAUAUCUUUAGCCACAAAACCAAACUUAGUAACCCCGAGUCGUCCUUCUUACGUUCAAAACACAAUGCCAGCAGAGCCAAAACUAUCCGAGCCAUAAGCACCGCACCAGCAAGCCAGCCUCCAGUCGCAGAUGAGCCGAAUGAUGAACCUCCUGCUGUGGAUUUUGCGUUCGUCCAUUCGGUGUUGCUACCUGACGGGACACCGGACGUGCAUUGGAGAAGAGCGUGCGGUGGACAGAAACUUAGAGACAUAAUGUUGGAUUCUAACAUCGAACUCUAUGGUCCUUAUAGUAAGCCCUUGUCAAACUGCGCAGGAGUAGGAACCUGCGCUACUUGCAUGGUCGAGAUUGUAAAUGGAAAGGAGCUUCUCAACCCACGAACUGACAUUGAAAAGGAGAAACUAAAAAGGAAACCAAAAAAUUGGAGACUAGCUUGUCAAACCAACGUGGGAAAUCCAGAUUCAACCGGAUUGGUCGUCAUACAACAAUUGCCAGAGUGGAAAGCUCAUGAAUGGAAUAUCCCUAAGAAUGUAGCUAUUGAUGAUCCCGAUAGCUCUGCGUAAUACGAUCUAUUAAUUUGUUAUUGUUGUUUCUAUAUUAUAAAACUAUAACGAUCGAGUUCUUAUAUAUAUGUCGAUACUUAACCAUA